AUGGCCCCCUCAGCAACCUCCACCGACAGCCAAAUCCGCAUCGUCCCCGUUCCCAACCCGGACUGGACCUUUGGCCAAGGCAGCAACCACCUCGACAAAUCCUCAUCCUCCUCCUCCUCCCCCGACCCCAACGACAAAUCCCAGCACCACACCCUCAUCAACCCGCAAUCCCCCUCCCGCCCCUCCUGGCUCAACUACCAGCUCCUCAUCUCCGCCGUCACCCCCCGCCCCAUCGCCUUCCUCAGCACCCUCUCCCCGGACGGCACGAAAGCCAACCUCGCCCCCUUCAGCUACUUCAACGUCUUCAACCACGACCCGCCCACCUUUGUCGUCGGCUUCGCCCACCCGCCCAGCGGGCCCAGGGACUCCUUUGUCAACGUCCGCGACUCGGGCGAGUGCGUCAUCAACAUCAUCUCGGAGCACUACAUUGAGGCGGCGAACUCGACGAGCAUAGACGCCCCCUACGGAACCUCCGAGUGGGGCGUCUCCGGCUUGACGGCCGAGUAUUCGUGCGAGACCGUCAAGGCGCCGAGGGUCAAGGAGGCGAUUUUCAGCGUCGAGGCCAAGUUGGAGUCCAUCAAGGAGAUUGAGAGCAGGGCCCAGCCGGGGAGGAUCUCGACGUGGCUGGUCGUGCUUGAGGGGACGAGGUUUUGGGUGAGGGACGAUGCGCUGAGUGAGAAGCAGGAUUAUGUGGCUCCUGAGGUUUUGAGACCGAUAGGCCGCAUGGGAGGUACCAUUUACUCCAAGACGACGGAGCUCAUGCAGCUGCCCAGGCCGCAGUUUGAGACUGACCUUGGCGGUAUCGAGGGCUAUGAGAAGCUCCUUAAUGAAAAGAAUAGGACAACUGCGCAAAAUCCAUGA